GGGGCGGAGGCCAGUUGACUUCGAUCCGCCGAGCGCGACGUUACUGGCUCCAAGUACCGUGUUGCUCGCUUCUAACAACACUCAUUGCGCCCGAAAACCCACUUCGUUCUUCGCUGCCACGAAUCAACGGAUCAAGUUCGACGAUGUUUCUCGCGAGUGCAACAAGCUCGCGAUAAUAGAAACAUCCGUGCACUGUGUAGUGUGUGUGAACGCGUUCGUGACCGAGAAUCCUCGACACACAGAACGAAACAGAAAGCGAACUAAAUAAAUGAAAAUAUAGACACACCAGUGAUUGGAAUUAGCCGAAUUGGAAAACAACGGGACGUUCAAUCGGACCAGUCUCUCUCCGGUCUGUCUCUUUCGUGCGCUCCGGUGGGUUUGGUUCGAUCGAUAAAUACUCGGGGUGCGUGUACCGUGCACCGCGACGUCCAGCAGGCAGAUAACCGGGCAAGGUGUUUGCGUGAUCGAAUUAAUCGACGACCCACAUUUCGUCCACCUUAUUUUUUCCCCGUAACGAUCGAGUACACCGAAUCGACCGGUGGUUCGAACGGAGAGAAAUUGGGCGAGAGAAGUUGAACUCGCAGACAUGAAAGCGAUGGUGGUGAGCCCCGUGGGCGGCAGAGUGCCGCCGAGCCGCGGUGUCCUGCACAGUGGUCUCGGGAUCAACGGGACUCGUCGCGAUCUCGAAGCGGAAGAAGUAGCCGCCUACCUGACGAAACUGAGGUCCUUGGUCCCCGACAUGCCCAGGAAGCGGAAGCUCUCGAAACUAGAGGUGAUCCAGAGGGUGAUCGAAUACAUCUGCGAUCUCCAGACCACCCUCGAGGAGACGAACGUCCAUCACGAGUCCAGUAUCGCUAAGACGAGCCCUCGGCAGCCCCUCCAGCCGCUGUUGAACGCCACGACGUCCGUCCCGACGUCGACGACGUCGACGACCACCACGAUGACCGGGCUGGUCGCGGAACGGUGACCUGCGUCGGCGGACGAGCUACACCAGUAAGGUCCAGGUCGCUCGAGCUUCUCCUCGAGGGCUGACGUGUGCUGACCACCGGGUCUCAACGUCGCUCGAGCCCGUUCUUCGAGUCUUCUUCGAGGGAAACCCAUUCUUCUCGCCGCGUUCCAGGACAGAGUUGCGUUCGGCAUUGUACAGAGCCCUCUAGGACCGGGACAAGCUUCUGGCGGGGGUGUAUUGUGAAAACGGAAAGGAAAGGGAAUGGAUUUUUAGGUGUUCGGACUAGUGGGCAUCCGGGGGUGCGUUCGACACCCGAAGCACACCUGAAAAGAAAGCAAGAACGAAGAAAAAGGAAGAAGAAGAAGAAGAAGAAGAAGAAGAAGAAGAAGAAGAAGAAGAAUUGUAAAGCUGGCCUCUCGCGGCCGAUCGAGCUUCUUUCUUCGUAGAAAGAUGUAAAUACUUGUACAUAAACUCGCCGCAUUCCUCGCACGACCUCUCUCAUCGUAAUCGACUCACUUCUACGUCCGCUGUUCCUUGAAUACCUCCUCCUCCCCCUCCACUUGAUCCUUGUAAUCCUCUGCGACAUCCAAGAUCCUGGGUGGAGAUCGGCGCCGGAUUGGAAAACGCGUAGACUCCUGGGGCUACGAUCGAAGGCACAUUUCUAGAAGUAAAGAGACAGUUGGAAAGAAUUGAAUUUAUUUUUACAAGGUUGCUUGUCUGUUUAAAUCGAGGACUCAGGGAUUCUUUGGUUUCUCGAGCUGUAUAGAGGUCGUGCUUUUGUUAAGUACGUUUUAGCACGCGCGAUUAGGUGUACCCAGGUGACAGUAAUUAUUAGACGGAUCUAAUACAUCCGCGGAUCUUUAUGCAUUUACAGAAAAUUUGAGCGUGCAAGAAUAUAAAAAGUAUCGAGAGUAAAGUUGAUAUUAUAAUAUUUGCAGAGCAAAAUAAAUUCCUAUUUAGGUUCAAUUUUUUUUAGACACGUUUGCCAAGAUUUUAUUUCGCAUAAAGAUCCGCAGUCUAGUAUUAGGUUGUCCCAAAAGUUUCGUUCGCUUUAUUAAUAAGUAUUGGGCUGUCUGGAAAGUCCAUGCCGAUUUUUAGUAGGCGGUACAGGUCUGAAUAUAUCGAAAUGAUUGAAAACAAAUAACAUAUAUAUACAUCCCUUAAAAGGUGCAAAGGUUGUGGAACAAAAUGGUACAUAUAUAAUUCAAUAAAUAUGCAUCAAUAUUCAAAUAUGCCUUUGAUUUUUUCUUUAAAAUAGGCAUGAAUCUUUCCGCACAACCCAAUAAUACACGCACAAUAGUUUAUGUUUUAUGUUACAUUACUGAAUUGUGCACGAUUCAUUUUGCUCCAUUACUGUUACAACAUGAAUAUCUAUGAGCUUAGAUUGUCUAUUUAUAUAAACACGACCACAUAAAAUAAUUGAGUGCAACUCGCGAAAGAAACUUUUGGGACAACCUAAUAAUUAUGUACAUCUAAGAUUUUUCUUUUGUACGUGUACCGAUUAUAAGUAGAUUUCAACGACGUGACGGUAUAGGAGUAUUAGCAUGCGAACGUUACCCGAAAAAAGUACAAGGUGUCGAUGAUCGAUGAUACUCCUCGAGAAACCAAAGAUCCUUGUCUUGAUCAUUAAUCUCGAGGAAAACGAAGUACGUUAACAAUGCCGAUUAUCCGAUCCGUUGAAAAUGUUCUUUGUACGUAGAUACAGUUUCUUUUUUUUUCAGCUGCAGUCAUUAUUUAGUAUUACCUAUGUUUACGAGCGAAAACAAAUUACGAAGAAAAUUAUUUUCUUGGAAGAACAGUUCGAAAAUGUAGCGACGUAAAUGUGAAUCUAAAUGUAGAAAAUCCGACGCGAAACUUCCUUCCGAAAUGCGUAGUACGGAAAUAAUUUUAUUAUGGAUCAAAUAACC